UAAGAUUCCACACAGCGUUCGGAGGCGGGACUUCCGGUCAGCGUUGUGAUGGAAGUCUGUGAACCCGGAAGGGGAAUCCCUGUAAUGUCGGUUUCCGGACGCCUUUCGCUGCUUUGGUGCCCGAGGCCUCGGUGGAUUCGGUGAGGAGACUGAGUGAGAGUUUAGUCUCCUGAUGAAGAGCAAUGGAGGACGAGGAGGAGAACCAACUAAUUAACAGAAACGGCUCCCAAGGGAGAAAUCGGCAGCAAGAGCUUCCUGCAAGUGAUAGCGAAGAAAUGGAAGAUUCAGAGGAUGAAUUUGAGAGUGAAGAUGGUGAUGAUGGGGAAGAAGAAGAAGAAGGUGGUGAGGAUGAAGAGGGAACUGACUCUGAAGAGGAGGAGGAAGAUGAGGAUGAAGACGCUGCAACGGAAAGUUUAGAUCCAACACAGCCGGCAGGGGAUUUUAAUGAGGACUUUAGUUCCGAUGAUGAAAGAGAAAACUGCCCGAUCUGCCUGAACGGCUUCAGAGACCAAGUUGUUGGCACUCCCGAAAACUGCAGUCAUUAUUUCUGCCUGGAUUGCAUUGUGGAGUGGUCGAAGAAUGCAAACUCGUGCCCUGUGGACAGAAUUGCAUUUUCUUGCAUUCACAUACGAGCGCACUUUGGGGGCGAGAUCCUAAAAAAGGUUCCUAUACACAAAAAAGCAGUAGAGGAGGAGGUGGAGGAAGAUACCACCAACUGUGCGGUGUGUGGACGAUGUGACCGUGAGGAUCGACUGCUACUUUGUGAUGGCUGUGAUGCAGGCUACCAUAUGGACUGCCUCACUCCUCCUCUGAAUGCUGUUCCAGUAAAUGAAUGGUUCUGUCCAGAAUGCGCAGAUGCCAAUCAGCCAGAGGAAGUGAGUGAGGAGGAGGUGGCUGGACUGCUUGCAGAUGUGGUUCCCACCACUAGCCGUCUACGUCCCAAUGUGGUUAGGACUCGCGCUAUUGCUCGGACUAGGCAAAGCGAAAGGGUGAGAGCCAACGUCAACAGAAACCGAAUCAGCACUGCUCGCAAUAUCCAGCAUGUUCCAAGAUACCUAAUGUCAUCUCUACUUGAUGAAACCAUUGAGGCAGUAGUUGCUGGACUAAACACUGCAGUCUACCAGAGACCUUUAACCUCUCGUACUACCACCAGCAGGAGGAAAAAGAAAGUUGGCAGGAAGAAGAGUAGCCAGUCCAAGGUCUCAAAAGGAACACGGGGAGUGGGGAAGAAGCGCCGAAGGAGGUUCAGGCGGAGGAAAGGGAAAAAAAUGGCUAGAAAAGUGGCCUCCUCUCACAGUCGUAUUGCCAGAUCACUGGGGAUUUGCAACCCGCCUCGAGGAUCUUCAUUGCCUCGUAUUCAACGUCCCGCAGAACAGACGCUGGGCUCCAUGAGACACGACAUAGGAGCUGCAACACUUUCUGUGUUUGGGAACUCGUAUGACUUGGACCCAUUUGACAGUAACGAGGACCAUUUAAGCAACCCAGCUUCUCCUCUUACCUCAAAGCGCAGGGUGCUUUCCCGCUCAGCCUUGAGAUCUCAUCAACCAGUUGCCCGUCCUAUAUCUGUGGGUCUCUCAAGUAGGGGUGGUGUUGCUCCACAAGUUCAUGAAGCUUUACCAGUGGCAGAGCCUGUGCCCGACCUCCUAGGGAGUAUCCUGUCUGGACAGAGUAUUCUGAUGAUGAGGAGUUCAGAUAUUGUUAUUAGCCGUGAUGGGUCGUUAACAGCAAUGAAAACAGGUGAUCCUGCUUCACAGAAAAAUAUGUCUAGGGAAGAGCCUACAGCAGAUGGUCAUGUGGAGCCAUGCUCCUCUCACUCAGGGUCUCCGUCUGUCGCCUCUUCAGUAGAUAAAUGGAAACCAAUCCAAGAGCAGCGACUCAGAUUUCCAUCGUCGGAUCUUUACUCACUUUCUCCAUCCCCGUCUCCACCUCCAUCAUCUGUUCCUGCAUUAUCUUUGCCUGGGACUUCUGCCUUUAGGUUAAAAAAUGCUUUUACACCGAGGGUCGUCCAGGUGCAAGCCUCGGCAGGCCGAGUGACCUCCAAAUCUGCAGAGUCUUUUCGAUUCAAUGGAGUUGUACACAAGCCAGAGCCACCUAGCUCCGAUAAUAAUAUACAUGCAAAGGGCCCAAGUGUGAAGCGCCCACCCAAACCUCCUGCAAUGAGAUUAGACAUUUCAGAAUUUCCCAGGAUACCAAAGAUCAAGAAGGAAAUGGACAGUAGCCCUAGCAAUGUUCGAGGGAAGCCCUCAGAUUCUAUAAAUGACUCAAAUAUAAACAAUAGCCUUCCCAGUGGCUGCAUAAGUCAACUAACCGGUCGUGGAGAGAGUAACAAAUUGGGAAAGUUUAACACCACAGAAAGCAGAACGAAGAACACUCGUCAAGAGUCACAUGACCAGUCAAGAUCUAGUGCUGGCCAUUCGAGUGCAAGCAGUAGCACUACACCGCUUUACUCCAGUACCUCGAGAAGUGUGGGGUCCCUGGAUGUAGGUGGUGGUGGGCUUCGGAUAACAAUCAGUGGAAAUUCAGCCAGUGCUUGUAGGCAAGUUAGUCCAAGUGCAAAGGCCCCAUUCCAUUCAUCUGAGGGUAAGACACAACCAAAAGGAGCUCCCCCUGUUCCAGCUACUUCUACCAAGAGGGAAAAACCUAUUAAAAAUGAAAUAUAUGACCCGUUUGAGCCAACUGGUUCAGAUUCAGGCUCUCGUGAUAGUAGCCCAGAAAGGCCUGGGCCUUCAUCUCAGCCAUUAGCAGCCACUGCUGUAACAACAACAGAGACUACUAGUGUAGGCACAUCAAGUGGAGCCAAAGUGGGAACAUUUCGAAGCUUUAGGCUACUCCCUUCACACUCCACAAAAGUGGGAGUCUCAAAGCUGGGACCAGAUUUCUCCGAUCUCUCUCCUGCCAGCAAGCAUCAACAAGAAAAGGACAGUGCUGAAGAGCUUAGUCCCGUUUUGACUCCUUUCAUAAAGGUUGAAAAGGAGAUAAAAAAUGAAGCUGCUAAGGAACCGAGAAUCGAACAGACUCCUUUAAAAAUCUCAUGUCCAUUCACUGGCUUGAAAAUUACAUCUGACCUGACACCUGGUGGUACUAGAGGAUUUCAUUUUGAUAUAGAGGAAGAAAAAAACAUUUGCAUUAAAGCUGAGCCAGACACACUCUCAAAUAGGAGCAUUCAACAGAGUUCAAGCAGCAGGUUGAUGUGGGAAUCUGAGUCUGUUUCACCAGCUAUUCCUUCAUCUAACAGUCGAGGAUUAGAAAUACAGAGAAAGAUCACAAUUAAGGAGGAAGGGAAGACUCCCUCAAGCUCCAUGUCUCGGCCAAGAUCACGUGACAGAGAUUCAAGAUCAGCUUCAUUGUCCACAGAGGAUGAAAGGGAAAAGAAAUCCAAGUCGAAAUCUCACAAAGCAAAAAGGGUACGCAGUGAUCGGUCCAGCUCCGGUAGCUGUGAACGUUCUAGAAAAAAACGUCAAAAAGAAAAGAAAAAGGAGAAAAAGAAAAAAAGCACAGAUUUCAAGGAAAGAAAGAGAUCAAGGUCCAGUAGCCGCAGCAGCUCUUCCCACAGAAUGUACAACAGCAAAAAGAAGAAGAAAAAGAAGCGGGGGUCCCGGUCUGGAUCCAGGGGCCGUUCUUUUAGCCCUGAAAAGGACAAGAAACGAAAGCACAAGUCUGAGAAAAAUUCCAACAAAGAAGGGGACUCUAGAGUAAAAGAGAGAAAGAAAUCGAAGGAUGAAAGGGCCAAACACAGGUCGAGGUCGCCACCUACAAUCAAGGAGCAGAAAACUCAUCGAACUAAAGAUAAAACUUCACGUUUCCGAGAUCAGGAACUAUGCAAAGAGCCUUCGCGUUCACCAGAAAGAGAGGAAAGGACUGUGACGUGUACAGUAAGUGUUAGAAAAGACUUUCACUCUGUCAAGCAGGCGGCACGUAAAUGCACAUUAAUUGCACCCAAAGAGGAGGUUGAAAUAGAAUCCACUUCUAUUUUGGAGAGUGACGAUUCAACACCGGUUAAAGAGGAUAAAGAUAUCGAACUAUCAAACAAUGAUGAGGAUGACGAUGAUGAUGAUGAAAGCCAGGUAGGAAACAAUAGCAGCCCACCAUGGUCUCCAUCACUCUUAGAUUGUUUACUCCCCGAGGACAAACCUGAUGAUGUUGAAGAAAUGCAAUCGGCAAAGGAUAUUGACUCCCCUAAAUACUUGCUUCCUAAAGCCGAGGUUGUGAGUCCUCAGGGUUCCCCAUUGACUACAGAUACUGAACCUCCCAGUCCACACUCUAGUCCUUUCACAAAAACAGAUGAACUUGGAACUCAUCCAGCUGUGAAAACAGAAGAUGAUGAUCUUCAGUGGUCUCCAUCCCACUUAGAUGACUUCUUGAUAAAUGAACUGUCAGAUGACGUGGGCUCGGUGGAAGCAGCGAGCCCCGAUGAUGUUGAUCUUGAAGAGGCGAUAAUGAUGAAGACUAGUGAAGACUAUGAGGAAAAGGCCGUUGUUAGCUUCAGCAAAAAGCAAGUCAUCCCUUUUCUCCAAGACGAUGAAGACAAGGUCGAGGAUAAAGUAAAACCAGGCAGCGGAGAAGCUGCAAAUCAUAUUGCUGAGGCCAAAGCAAAAGAUGACGUGUCGGCAUUAGACAAAAGCAAAUCUCGCAGUCCUCCUAAAUCUGAGCCAGACCUAAUGGCUUUGACCAAGGCCAAACUGGCAACGAAGAGAGUAACUUGGAACCUUCAACACAAGAAUUCAGAAAACACUGAAACAGAAACAUCUCCAGUUUUCCCUCUCUCUAUCAUAGAGGAGCCACGACCGCGAUCUCCCAAGCAGUGUGUCCCCGUGUUUCCCAAGCCGAACAUCUCCGCUUCUCCAAAACAAAGUAUCAGUCUUCUGGCUCGACUUGCUGCAGAGUCACGAUCACAACUGUCAAGUCCGCUGCCUUGGAAUUCUUUAGAAAAACCAACUGAGGAUUUAGUUUCUAAACUCACCAGUCAUGUAGCAGGGAAUGCACCAGACAGACCUGCCAAAGAGGCCAAACAGCUGCCCCGGGUUACACUGGAGACUCCAGUUCAGACUUUUCCACAGACCCUUCCUCCAUUGCCUCUUCCUCCAAUAUUCCCACCAUAUGCUCCUGUUAGUGAACCUGCAGUUCCGUGUAUUCUCCAGAGCAACAGAACAAUAUUUAGCCCAACUCCAAAGCCUGGUAGUUUGGCCACUGCUAACGAACCUAAAAUACAAGCAGCCAGCACAGGUAAAGACAAAGGGAAAACAAAGUCUUCUAAAAAAGGAGAGAAGGUGAAAAAUGACGAGUACAUGAAGAAGCUGCACAUGCAGGAGAGAGCUGUAGAAGAGGUCAAACUGGCCAUUAAACCCUUCUAUCAGAAGAGGGAGAUCACAAAAGAGGAAUACAAGGAUAUCCUGCGCAAAGCUGUGCAGAAGAUUUGCCACAGCAAGAGUGGAGAAAUAAACCCAGUUAAGGUGGUAAAUCUGGUGAAAGCCUAUGUGGACAAGUACAAACACGUACGAAAACAUAAGAAGACGGAGUCGUUGGAGGACCAUGGGACUAUGUGUGAUUCACCAGUAUGAGAAGAAAAUCUUUCUCAAAUUAUAAAAACCAGAUGUAAAACUGCUCAGCCUCAGAGAUUGUGCAGCAGAGAAUUGAUCUGUACGGGGGCUCGUUGUUGCAGUUGGUAAUUAUUAUUGUACAAGAAGCUGGCGUUCUCUUUGUCUCAACACACCCAAUCCUUUAUUUUCACCAGUCCCAGUUUGGUUUCUUUGGACUUCAAUAUACAGAUGGCAGGGCCCCUCUGUGAGUCAAGAAAAAAAGUUUCAAGGCGUGAAACUUAGAGGGAAAAAAAAAAAUCAAGAUGGCAUCCUAUUUUUUACACCAAUCGAAGACUUGUAUGGAAACCCGAGCGCCAUCUUGGUGCUCCCUGUGUUCACAAUUUCUCCACGAAGGACAAGUAAACUCGUCUGUAAAAGAGAGGAAUUUCUGUGUCAGGUUUUUGUUGCAUGGCAGACAAAGGAAUUGAGAGGGGGCCACGGGAGAUGAAAGAAUAUCAAGAAAUAUCAAGGGCAGAAUUUCUAAAGCUCUUUUUGAAUAGUUUUUAUUGUUAUCAUUUUGUCAAGGCGGUUCUUGCACUAGAAAUGAAAGUUUUUGAUGUUUAACAAAUCGGGAAAAUGUGCCGCUGCCCAAUUUACACAAGUACAGGAUCAACGCGCAUCACGGGGAAAAAAAAGUGCUGCACCUCGUAACACUUUGCAUUAAAGCGUUGUUACCCCCCAAUGGUAUAAAGUGGCGCUUAAAUUGUUUAGUCAAUUGUACGUACAAAAUGAUGAAAUCACAUUUGUAGAAGCGGAUCGGCAUGAAAUGGAACACGGCAGAAUGGUAAGAAGUAGGGUGGCACCCAAUCCAGAAUUCGGCCGAAUCCUUCUGCCCGGCCGAACCAAAUCCUAAUUUGCAUAUGCAAAUUAGGAACGGGAGAGAAAUCACAUGACUUUUUGUCACAAAACCAGGAAGCAAAAAAUGUUUUCUCCUUCCCACCCCUAAUUUGCAUAUACAAAUUAGGAUUCCGUUCGGUAUUCGGCAAAGGAUUCGAGGGUUCAGCCCAAUCCAAAAUAGUGGAUUUGGUGCAUCCCUAAAAAAAAGAUAGAAAAGGCAUAGAUCUGAUUUAUACAUUCUAGCUCCAUAUACAGGUAUGGGACCUGUUACCCAGAAUGCUUG